CGAAUAGUUCCUAUGCGUUAAGCUCUUAGUGGAACUGGCAACCCUGAAACAAUAACGAUGUGCGCUACAGUGGCUGCCUAUUGAUGAAUUACAACUAUAGUGCAGUGCGUUUCAGUUCGUGAUGAGAAGGACUACGAAAAGUCGUGUCGUGCACCACUGUUAGGAGAUUGGCCGGAGAAUUUAUACUAUAAUUUAUUGAAGCUGCUUGAAAUAGAGUUGCUCUCAGUAUGGUAUCCUGCCUCCGAACCGCCACACGUCCUAACAAACUUCAAUAAAUUAUAUUCACAAAAAAGCAUUCCGCCAUGGAAAGUGUAGAAGAAGAGCUUUCCCUUCUGGAGAAGAAGAACGAGUUGUGGCGGAAGGAAUAUGAUGAAAGGGUGAAACUUAUGGAGCAUCGCUACGAGCAAGACCUAGCGAAAAUCGACGAGGAGUUCAGAAAAGCUGUACAAAAGAUGGAGUUGGAUUUCAGCGCUAGAAAAGAAGCAGUGAUACGGCAAUAUAGUGGGAAUACGGUCAGCAAAGUAAAGGUGAUCAAACCAAAUUCGCCAUGCGAUGACACCCAGCCGCAUCAAGACUGCACUAGAGUAUCGAAUCUAAAAACAGCACACUCUCCCGAACAAUACUCGCAACCAAUGCUCUCGAUGAAGAGAUCAGCUGUUUCAAAAAGCAUCGUCAUCGGUGAUCGGUCUCCCCAAAAGAAAGGAAAGAUCACCAAAACAAUACCAGCUGAUUCGUCACCAGCGUACAAGCAGGGGCAACAAAACACAAUGUCCAUUGCAACUCGAGAGAUAUGGAUAGCCUGCCGAAAGCCCCAUCCAACGAUGAAACAGCAACACCGCCACCGCCGCCGCCGUCGUCGCCGCCGCCGCAGGAAGCAAGGCAAUCGUAAUCGAAUGAAAACGUCGCUGUUUGAUCCCGGUGGGCUUGGUACUGUAGCAGUGGAACAGAGUGGAACGAGCCAGCUCGACUUACGCGUGUGUACCACAAUUCGAAUCUACGACGGUAUGGUGCUGCCAUCUUCAGAAUGUUCACUGCGUGCGCGAAAUAUUUUCAAAUUUAAUGUAGUUUCGGAUGAAAGCUGUGCAGUAGGUGAAUUUCAGUUAAUUACCAGUUCCACGGGGGGGAAUGUUGCGAAUAGUUCCUAUGCGUUAAGCUCUUAGUGGAACUGGCAACCCUGAAACAAUAACGAUGUGCGCUACAGUGGCUGCCUAUUGAUGAAUUACAACUAUAGUGCAGUGCGUUUCAGUUCGUGAUGAGAAGGACUACGAAAAGUCGUGUCGUGCACCACUGUUAGGAGAUUGGCCGGAGAAUUUAUACUAUAAUGUAAAAUGGUUUUGUAUUAUAUGUUAUUAUUUAUCUAAUAAUUAUCAAUACAUUGCAGUUAUUGAAGCUGCUUGAAAUAGAGUUGCUCUCAGUAUGGUAUCCUGCCUCCGAACCGCCACACGUCC